UGCAAGUCCUUACUUGUAAGAAAGCUUCACAGUGAAGAUGCUUUGCCAUUUGGAAAACGCAUUUUCAGCUAGAAUACAGGCUGUACGCUUCAUUCGAGGUAUUUGUUCUGGCCCGCCGCUAAAAGCCUCUAUUUCCCCAUUUAUGGAGUCGACUUCCACGAAUGAGACAGUCAAGAAGUAUGCAAUAACGAAGGGAUCGUUGCACAGUUAUGGCUCUUACAUCAUACAGUGCAUUCCCAAGUUUAUCCAACGGUUCUCGGUCUCCAAAGACGAACUAACCCUCUAUGUGGCACCCCGGGCAGUUUUACAAGUCGUAACAUUUCUUCGAGACCAUGCUCAGUGUCAGUAUAAGGUCAUGGCUGAUAUCAGCGGUGGGGAUUAUCCAGAGAAAGAGAAGAGAUUUGAGGUAGUAUACCAUCUCUUAAGCAUAAAACUAGCAGGCAGAAUCAGGGUCAAGACAUAUAUCGACGAAGGCAGUGCUGUACCGAGCGUAGUCUCUAUCUUCAGAGGUGCUGAUUGGUACGAAAGGGAGGCAUGGGACAUGUAUGGUAUCUUCUUCUCUGGACACCCAGAUCUACGUCGUAUACUAACUGAUUAUGGUUUCGAGGGCCAUCCUUUGCGCAAAGAUUUCCCUCUUAGUGGAUAUACUGAAGUAAGAUACGAUGAACAGCGGAAGCGAGUUGUCUAUGAACCCCUGCAGUUGACACAGGCAUUUCGCAAUUUUGAGUCACUAUCGCCUUGGGAACAUGUAGGCCAUGGCACCCAGUAGAAGUGAAAGAUCAUGACUCGUAGCCCUCCGUCGCCGACCAAA